CAUUGGUCACAAAAUCGUCGGAUUUGUGGAGCUCAUUUUGCGCAAAAGUAAUCAAAGUAGGCAUAUUCAACUCAGAAUGCAUUGCCCUCAACGUACUUCAUAAUUUCCUAAGCAAGGCGCAGAAAAUUCUGACGUCCACCUUCUUUGAAUUGCUGAAAACCUUGGGAUCCUACUGACCACGCAAGAGGAAAUUUGCCGUUUCUCCUAUUUUCCAUUAAUAGCCGAGAUCUCCUUCUCUCUCUCGGCGGGAGGGGCUUCAUCAGCGAUGGCUAUAGACCUUUUCAAAAAAUUGUUACCUUUUCUCGUUUAAUUUUAAUUUGGGUUUUGAAUGGUGGUGGCUUCUGGGUGAUGAAUUUUCUUGUUCAGUUCAUCACAAUUUGAUGGUGGGAGCGCCCUAUUGUGCUUGAUUCCUGCUGUUGGUCGCGUUGAUCCGAUGGAUCACGUGGAGUCGAACGUCGACGAGAAGAAAAUGGAAUCUGCGGAGUCAUACGCCGAAGAAAAGGAAAAGGAUUCUGAGGAAUGGGACGACGAUGAGACGAAAAUGGAUUCUGUGGACUUGAACGUCGAAGAGAAUAAAAUGGAGUCGUUGGAAUUGAAAGACAGUGAGAAGAUGGAGACGGUGGAGCUGAAAGUGGACGAGAAGAUGGAGGCGAAGAAAGACGGGCCUCUUUGUCCUUGCGACUAUUUUGAUGUUCAGUUGGCGCACGAAAUCGCUCAGAUUCUGCUCGUUGGAUUGGCCACUGCUUGCUCGGACAAUACUAGUGGGGCGCUUUUCAGAGGCGUGUCCUCGAUCGCGAAAGAGUUCCGGAAAGAGAUGGUGGAUUAUCUCCAGCAACAGAGCGAAUCGUUCGUCGCCGAAUCCGUGAUUCUGGAUGGCGUGGACGAGAGCUCAGAUCCCUUCCAUCCCACCGAGAUAAUCUCCAACAUGAUCGACGACUUCACGACCACGAAGAGGAAUCUCUGGAGCCGGGUUUCGGGGUGGUUGCUCAGUGAGAGAAGGGAGGACAACAUUGACGAUGUAGUUCAGGAAUUGGGGAGACGUGGGUUCUGGCCGAUCGACCAGAGGAAGCCGGUAGCAGAGAUUCUGAUCAAGAAUGUGGAUUUCAAAAAUGAGUUUCACUGCGCGGCGAAAUUCGAUACGCCGGAGGAACUCGAGGAUCACAAGAAGGUAUGCGCGUUCAGAGUUAUGAAUUGCGAGAACGAAGGGUGUCGUGCUACCUUCUGUGCGGUGCACUUGGAAAACCAUGAUUCCACUUGCCCCCUGAAGAUCCUGGAUUGCGAGCAAGGGUGCUCAGAGAUGGUUUUGCGGCGAGAGAUGGAUCGCCAUUGCAUCACGGUCUGCCCCAUGAAGCUUGUUAAGUGCCCCUUCCAUCAAGUCGGCUGCGGAUCGAGCGUGCCUUGGUGCAACAUUAAGGAACAUUGCGAUGAGUUCCUUCUUUCUCACGUACUGCAUGUUCUUCAAUCCAUUCACAAGCAGGCGGAAUCGGAGGAUGAUCUCAGGCAGAGAGCAUCGGUGCUCGAGAAGUCCCUCUCUCUUAGUCAGAGAGAGCGUUCAGAUUUGAGGUCAUUGACGUCAGCAAUUAAGCAACAAGAAAGUAAAAUGCAGACACUCCAGAAGAACCUUGACAAGGUCAACCAAGAGAAUACACGGGCAGCAAGAAGCAUGUUGCCGCAGAUAUCAGAGCAGGAAGAGCUGGUAGAUGAUUUGCAAGAAGGCACAGAUAGUUGAACAGAUAUGUCUAUUUAUGUAUGUCUCUCUCCUUUGUUCUUAUUGUAUGUAAUAAUUAUGUAUUUUAUUUCCUGGGUGGUGCUCGUGUACUGCUCUUCAUUCCUGCUGCUAGUGAUCCCGACUAGCAUAAUCAUAUGCCAAAAUUUGAUUCAAUUAAUUUUUUUACCGACAUU